UUCUAAUUGCAUCUGAUUUCCUUCUUGCAGUCAGCUGACCAUGUAAAACUCAAGUGGUUGUUGCAGUUUCGUGUGUUUUUCCUUACAUUUCGUUUUCUUAUUGAUCAGAACCGAUACAGCUACCAUGGAGGUAAAGCCCGCUGUAACCUCCAAGAAAGCAGAAGAAACUGUCAAUGGCAUCUACACCCAAGUUGUCUGCUCUGCAUUUAGUGAUCGCAUUCUGGUUGUCGUGACUCAGUAUGGAAAAAUGGGAACACUGGUGUCUCUAUCUCCAAACAUGGUGUCUGGUGAUCUUGGCAAACCCUCGUUAACCACCAAAGUGCUUUUAGGACAAGAUGAGCCUCUGAUCCAUGUUUUUGCAAAGAACUUGGUUAGCUUUGUGUCUGAAGAAUCUAAGAACAAACCAAUCCUGCUGGCCCUUGCAUUAAAAGAUAAAAGCGUGGAGAGUAUUAAAACAGUGAAAGAUAUGAUAAAAAACUGCCAGGUUUGGUGAUAACCGGUGUUUUCUCACCUAUGGGAGGACUAAUGACUGCACAUUGCAUAGAAAGAAGCAAUUAAUUUACAACCAGGGUAGAACUGAUAACAAACUCAUGGAGAGAACACAGGGGGGGCCUGCUCUGUUUAUUAGCUCAGCUUCCAGAAGCAGGUGUGAUUGAUUCCAAGAUGAAGAAUCAACCCUUUAUGUUGUUGCCACCAACUGCCACAGAAUUCAUCCAUGCUGAGGGUGAAAGUCUUAAACCAAAAUAUCUCUUUACCAAUUGGCUGAUUUGUUUCUGCAUUUGCUUAUGAUGUCGCAAAAGGAUUGACGUAAAAUGUAAAGACCU